AUGUGCUGCUGGCUGGGGCUUGCCCAGGCCACGGCCUUGACGUUCACGCUGGCUCCCAACGAGAAGCAGUGCUUCUACCAGUUCAAUAACAAGCCGGACUCCAACAUCGGCUACUACUUCGCUGUGCAGGCGGGCGGGUCGUUUGACAUCAACUACACCAUCAAGGGCCCGGACCAGGUGCUGAUUGUGGUGGAGGAGAAGCAGAGACAGGGCGACUACGCCUUCGUGGCGGCCAAGACGGGCGAGUACGAGUUCUGCUUCGACAACGAGAUGUCCACCUUUGCCGAGAAGGUGGUUGACUUCGAGAUCAAGGUGGAGGACGAGGACGAGGCCAGCCAGAUGAAGGCCAACUUGCCCAACGCGCCCACCGAGAACACCGCAGUGGCCGGCAUGCAGCUCUCCGUCAACAAGAUCGAGAGAACCUUGAACCUGCUCGAGCACUCCCUCAACUACUACAAGACCAGAAACAACCGGAACCAGAGCACCGUCAAGUCCACCGAAAACAGAAUCUUCUGGUUCUCCAUCUUCGACCUCGGCUUGAUGAUGGUCAUGGGCGCCUUCCAGGUCGCCGUGGUCAAGUUCUUUUUCCAGGGCUCCAGAAAGCAGUUGGUCUGA